AUGAAGAGAAUCCACCAGUUCAACUUCGAACCCCCAGCAAGACAGGAGGAGCAUGCGAGGGUCACGAGAUGGGCUGAGGCAAUGAUUGCCGAGGGACUAUCGCUUUGUUUCGCUCAGGGCGAAACAAAGGCUGAGCAGGAACUCAGUAGGACGUCGGAAGUCCUGCGAGGCCUUGGCCAAUAUUUGGUCUCACACGAUGUAGUGAGGGAGAUCGAGUCGGUGCUUCGCAGGGCUUCCCUUACCACAUUUGUCCUGAAGGGCAAAGUUAAGGUCACCUUCUCUCUGUCCCAAGGACGGAAGUCCGUUGCGUCUGUGUCGAAAGGUCAGGAGCAGCAGCCAGGCAACUCAUCAGCGCUGUUUAUACUUGAUCCGGGAGAAACAGCGCAUGCAGUCCACAUUGCCGAGAACCAUAUUGGUGUCAUUGACUUGGUAGUCGCUGACUUGGGCCAUGCCUUGCAAGCUGAGCAAAUUGCUGGAAUAUGGUGGAGAGCCAUAUACACCCUAUGUGGAAGAUGCUCGAUCAUGGCAACUAAUGAUGGUAUCAAACUUCGGAGCCUGUCUCCUGUAAGCCCUUGCACUUCCUUCCUGUACAUCGUUGCGGCGACCUUGCUAUCAUCAAAUUGCAUGGCCCUUCCCAACCCACCACAUCGCAAUCCGCUGGGUGGGAGAGCCAAGCUCAUAUCCAGUGCGGAUGACACCUGUCAUCUUGAAAAAGUUUUGCAGCGUCAUGGUAUUGACGACAUGCCUCUGGCUCCUUACUCUCAGACAGUCGAUGAUGCAGCGUGGAUUUAUACCCUCCUCGACGACAACGAGACAAGUAUCGAGAUCUGGUGGGGAAGCAUAGGCGACAAUGGCGAUACGAUGGGUCUUCGGACCAGCAAAGGCCGAGAGGUCUUCCUAGGCUUCGUAGGUGCAAUCCCAGACCUUGAUUGGGAACUAGUAUCUACACCAGCGAUGAAUAACUACCGAUUUUGCUACGACUCUAUGUCAUAUAUGGGUAUUGGCGGCCUAGCAUUCGAGGAUCCCAGUCCAAUUGCUCAAGGCGUUCAGCCCCUCGACCCUACCACAAUUGUGCCACCAAUGCCAGACUUUCGGUAUUGUGUCGAGCCCUUCUUCUUUUCGUCAGCAAACCUGCAGGAUCUCUCCAAAAUUAAAGUCUGCCAAAUUCCAUACGAGCGUGGCAUCUCUGGUCUCCUUCUCACGUACAUCAACGGUCACAAAGAGGCUCUUGGUGAAGUACGACUGAACUGUCUUGAAUCUCCUAUCGGUGUCGGCAAACAGGACCGGAACUGGCUACGCUUUGAGUAUGAUCCCACAGGAAUCAUCGAUGAACAUCCUCGUCUUGUUGAGAUCUCCUUCUCCCGAAUUAAACCAAUCAUACGUGAUGGAACGGAUCCUGCAACUGCUGGUCUCAACUGUCUUGAGGUUCUCUUCACAGAUGAACUCCAUUGGUGGUGGUCACCCCUCCAGUGCCAGGUUUUCUACGAAGGCCAGGGCAGCUUGCAACCACGGGAUGCUGAGAAAUGGCUUCUAUUCGACGACUAA